AUGUCUCCAAUGAUAAUAAGGAAGGUAGUUCAGCCCACCAUGUCGAGAAUUUACCAGCAACUACUUCCAAUAGCGAGUCCACCAAUGUUGUGCCUGCUAGACCAGGGAUCUCAGGCUUCGUUUGUGACGGAGUCCACAGUUCAGUUGUUAGGCUUGAAACGCACAUCCAGUAAGAGAGUAAUUUCAGGUUUAGGCGGUGAUCCUAGUGCCUCUAUUAGGUGCACUUCAAUGGUGAUGAUUAAAAUUCAAUCCCGCAUAGACCCCAGCUUCCAAAUUAAUGUUGAAGCUUUUGUUAUGAAGAAACUCACUACUGUCUUACCCGAACGAAAGAUUAAAGAGCAAUCCGUUGAGUUUAUGUCGCCUAUGGCCCUUGCAGAUCCUUCUUUCAAUGUACCGAACAAGAUAGAUCUGCUUCUUGGAGCCGAAGUUUAUAGCCAGAUUUUGUUAGAAGGAAUAGUCAAGGAUCCGUCCAGUCGUGUAGUUGCUCAAAACACCAGACUGGGUUGGAUCUUAUCUGGUCAACUUAAAACAAUCAGCCAUAGCGAAACUUUCAACAACUGUCACAAUAUAGUUAGUUUACAUUCAUUUCAUUCAAAUGAGAAUGAACUUCUUCGUAGAUUCUGGGAGUUAGAAUCAGAACCACAAACUAAUUUUAAUAAAAAACAAUUAACGCCUGAUGAACAGAAAUGUGAAGAUUUAUUUUUAGCUACAACUAAGCGUGAUGAAUCAGGUCGUUAUAUAGUGCGCUUACCGUUUAAAUCUGACAAUCCAAGUUGUAAGUCUAGUGGGUCCAGGGAUAUUGCAUUGAAGCGGUUUCUCAUGUUAGAGAAACGGCUUACGAGAAAUCCUGAGUUGAAGGCACAAUAUUCUGAAGUUAUAAACGAAUAUCUUCAAUUAUAUCAUAUGGAAAAGGUUCCCGAGGAAUGCAAAAACGAUAGUUUUGCUGUAUAUUUACCGCAUCAUGCAGUAGUACGCAAUGAUAAGACUACCACUAAAGUUCGCGUUGUGUUUGACGCAUCUUGUGCUGGAAGUAAUGGUAUUUCUUUGAAUAAUGAUCUAAUGGUAGGACCAUCCUUACAACCCGAAUUGCGUCAUAUUAUAAUGCGUUGGCGUUGUUACAGAAUUUGUUUAACUGCUGACAUAAUAAAAAUGUACAGGCAGGUGAAGGUGGCCAAUGAAGACGCAGAUUUUCAGCGCAUUUACUGGCGUGAGAAUCCAGAUGCUGAGCUUCAGCAUCUCCGUCAUUUGAGAGUGACAUUUGGUACUUCUUCCGCUCCCUACCUAGCCGUUCGGUCGCUUCAACAGUUAGCUUAUGAUGAGGGUUCAGAUUUUCCAUUAAUAAAGGAUAAAGUGUUGUUUGACUUUUACAUGGAUGAUCUUAUGUCUGGAUGUGAAAGUACUGAAGAUGGCUUGGAAAUCUACAAACAAUUGACAGAAAUGUUAAGACGUGGUGGGUUCCAACUUCAGAAGUGGUCAAGCAAUAGUUCUAGCCUAAUGAAUUUAAUAAAGGAAGGUCAAGAUGUGAACAAUGUUAGAGAAAUUAAACUAGAUGAAGUUUCAAAAAUUUUAGGAUUAACAUGGAAUAAAGUAACUGAUGAAUUUGAAUAUACUGUCAACCUUCCUCCGCUGGAAACCCCAGUAACAAAACGUAAGGUUAUCUCGGAUAUAGCCCGACUGUUUGAUCCCCUUGGUUUUUUGGCUCCAGUCGUAACGACUGCCAAGAUCUUUAUACAGCGGUUGUGGUUAUGUGGCAUUGGAUGGGAUGAAGAACUGCCAGCUUCUUUGCUUUUAGAUUGGUUGGAUUAUCGAAAAGAUCUUUGUAACCUUACUAACUUUCAUAUACCUCGUUGGAUUGAAAGUAGUAGUGAAGAUCAAAUCAUGGAAUUGCACGGGUUUUCAGAUGCAUCCAAUUUAGCGUACGCCGCUGUAGUUUAUGCACGAGUUGUAGAUAGUGAGGGCAAUGUUCACACUAAUUUAGUAGCUUCUAAAACAAAAAUUGCUCCUAUUAAGACGCUAUCUAUUCCUCGUUUGGAAUUGUGUGGAGCUGUGUUAUGUGCGAAGCUUAUUCAUGAAGUUGCUGCUGUUAUGAAAAUUCCUAAGCAUUAUAUUCACGCAUGGACAGAUUCUUCCGUUGUUUUGGCCUGGUUGGGGAGUCACCCAAGUCGAUGGAAGACGUUCAUCGCAAAUAGGGUGUCGGAAAUACUUACCUUAAUGGAAGGAGCACAGUGGUCAUAUGUAGCAUCUAAAGAUAACCCCGCUGAUUGCGCGUCUCGCGGUGUUAAACCAUCAGUUUGUGAAGAAUUACAGCUCUGGAAAAAGGGACCCAGUUGGCUGCAAAAUAAAAAUAUAGAAUACAAAAUUAAGAAUAUAGAAGACACUAAACUAGAAGAAAGAAAAACUACAUUAAAAUGUUUUAUGCUUACUGAAAAAGACGAAGAUUUGUUGUCAAGAUUUUCCAAACUAAAUAAAUUAAUCAGAGUGAUAGCAUACUGUAAAAGAUUUAUAAAUUUAAAUAAGAGUAGAAAUAAAUAUCCUAAGUGGCUAACUACUACAGAAUUAAAUGAUGCUUUACUUACCUGUGUCAAGAUCUGCCAGUACUGUCGUUUUAAAGAAGACAUUGAAGCCCUAAAAGGGAAGAAAAAAUUAAGUAAAGGGAGUAAACUAACCUCUUUGAAUCCAUUUAUUGAUGACUGCGGUGUUUUGAGAGUCGGUGGACGCUUACAGAGGGCAUACAUUAGUGAAAAUAUGAAACAUCCAAUACUCAUACCCCAUAACUCGCCCUUCACUUACCUUUUGAUUGCAGACGCUCAUGAAAGAACAUUACACGGGGGGCCGCAAUUAAUGUUGAAUUACUUGCGAUCAAUGUAUUGGAUCAUAAAUGCCAAACCAAUUGUUAGAAUUUAUGUGAGAAAAUGUGUUACUUGUGUCCGUCACGCGGCACAAGUAAGUCAACAAAUGAUGGGUCAGUUGCCGGAGGCCAGAGUGACGGCUCAAAAACCUUUCCAGUCCAGCGGUGUAGACUAUGCUGGACCCAUUAACCUGCGAGCAAAUAAAGGUCGAGGCUACCACGCCAUUAAAGGCUACAUAUGCCUAUUUAUAUGUAUGGCUACUAGAGCCAUUCAUUUAGAAGUGGUUAGCGAUAUGACGGCUCAAAGUUUUUUGGCCGCAUACAAGCGUUUUGUAUCUAGACGCGGAAGAGUACACGAUUUGUGGAGCGACAAUGGUACAACCUUUAUCGGAGGGGCCAAAGAAUUAAAACAUCUGUUUGACGCAGAAAAAUCUAGUGUAGCUCCAGAAAUAGUUGACUUUCUCGUAACGAAUGGCACCAAUUGGCACUUCAUACCUCCUCACGCUCCAAACUUUGGAGGGUUGUGGGAGGCGGGUGUAAAAUCAACUAAACACCACUUGAAGCGAGUCAUAGGCAAUAGCACUUUGACAUUCGAAGAAAUGACAACUGUGCUAUGUCAGAUUGAAUGUUGUCUUAACUCGAGACCUAUUUCAAGAAUUUCGAAUAACCCAGAAGAUGCAGCUCCGUUGACACCAGGUCAUUUUCUGGUAGGUGAACCGCUUGUAACCGUCCCUGAAUUUAAUUACGAAGGUUCCAAUAUUAGUAGUCUUAAAAGAUGGCAACUAACACAACGGAUGCUUCAAGAUUUUUGGCGUAGGUGGUCUUUAGAAUAUUUAAGUCAGCUGCAAAAUAGGUACAAGUGGGCUCAUUGCAUUCCCGAGCCUAACAUUGGAGAUGUUGUUUUGGUGAAGGAGGAUGGACUUCCACCUAGUAGAUGGAUGUUCGGAGUUAUUAUAGAUAAACAUCCAGGUUUGGACAAUCUUACACGUGUCGUAACAUUGAGAUAUAAAAAUAACGAGAUUAAAAGACCUGUGUCAAAAUUGAUUGUGUUACCAGUUACCUCGUAA